AUGAAACUGGCAUUUGUAACUGGGUCAAAUAAAGGUAUCGGGUUUAGCAUCAUUGAAAAACUUUUGAAAUUAUACCGCCCUACAGGAGAAUGGGAUGUGUUUCUAACAGCUCGUAAUAUUGGACUUGGUCAGGAAGCUGUGAGAAAGCUCAAUAACAAGGGCCUGGAUGUUAAAUUCCAUCAGCUAGAUAUAACGGAUCGAGAUAGUCGAAAAGCGUUCCUAACAUUCGUAGAGAGAAACUAUCCCAAUGGAAUCAACGUUGCAGUUAAUAAUGCUGGAAUUGCCCACAAAGCAAACUGUUUGGUUCCAUUUGGCAAUCAAGCACGUAGUUUGGUGAACACCAACUUUACUUCAACUGUCGAUUUCACGGAAGAGUUCAUUCCUUUACUAGCUGAAAAUGCCAGAGUCGUUAAUAUCUCUGCUACUCUCUCUCUGUUCAUGUUAAAGAAACUCAGUAGUGAUCUUUACGAAAAAUUUGUCGGCCCUAUGAACCUUCCGGAGUUGAAAAAACUUAUGGUGGAGUUUGUAAGAUCUGCUGAGGAUGGCACUUAUUCUGAGAAAGGUUGGCCUUCAAAUGCCUAUGGAGUAUCCAAAAUGGGUCUUACAAAGGCUUCGUUUAUUUUCGGUGAUAUGCUGAAAGAUGAUCCAAGAGGGGUUGUGGUAAAUUCGUGUUGUCCUGGUUUUGUUGACACUGAUAUGACUGACCAUAAAGGUGUGAAGACAACGGAUGAAGGUGCUGAUACACCGUUCUAUUUGGCCACAUUACCGAUUGGCUCAAAAGAGCCAAUUAAUCAAUUCGUCUACGAAAGGAAGGUAACUGGGUCAAACAAAGGCAUUGGAUAUACCAUUGUUGAAAAGCUUGCAGAAUUUUAUGGGACGUCAGGAGAGUGGGAUAUUUAUCUAACAGGUAAGAAGUUGUUGGUUGAUAAUUUAACAGCUCGAAAUGUUGAGCUUGGUCAGGAAGCUGUGGAGAAGCUCAGUAACAAGGGCCUGGAUGUUAAAUUUCAUCAACUAGAUAUAACUGAUCGAGAUAGUCGAAAAGCGUUCCUAACAUUUGUAGAGAGAAACUAUCCUAAUGGAAUCAACAUUGCAGUGAAUAAUGCUGGGAUUGCCUUUAAAGCUGACACUCCAGAGUCACUUGGCGAGCAAGCACGAGUCACUGUUAACACUAACUUCACUUCGACUGUCGAUUUCACGGAAGAGUUCAUUCCUUUACUGGCUGAAAAUGCCAGAGUCGUCAACGUAUCUUCUACUCUUUCUUUGUUCAAUCUGAUGAAACUUAGUGACGAUCUGUACGAAAAAUUUGUCGGCCAAAUGAAUCUUUUUGAAUUAAAAGAACUUAUGGCGGAGUUUGUAAGGUCUGCUGAGGAUGGUACUUAUUCUGAGAAAGGUUGGGUGUCAAGUGCGUAUGCGGUAUCUAAAAUAGGCCUUACAAAGGCUUCAUUUAUUUUUGGUGAAAUGCUGAAAGAUGAUCCAAGAGGGAUUGUGAUAAAUUCGUGUUGUCCUGGUUUUGUUGACACUGAUAUGACUGACCAUAAAGGUGUGAAGACAACGGAUGAAGGUGCUGAUACACCGUUCUAUUUGGCCACAUUACCGAUUGGCUCAAAAGAGCCAAUUAAUCAAUUCGUCUACGAAAGGAAGGUGGUCAAAUGGUCCAGAUGA